AUGGACCGAUUUCGCCCGAUUUACCGUACGGUGUCGUGGACGGCGGCGACACUUCUUGCGAGCGAUCCGCCCUGGGAACUACAGGCGGAAGCGCUUGCGGAAGUGUACCGGUUCCGGGUGGAAGCAAGUUCAAGCGGCGAUUGUCCAGGACUGGUGGAGGUAAAGCGAGUCAGGGCUCUAGCCCAGCGAGCCUUGAUUAGAAGGUGGGAGGAGGACCUGGGGUCCCCUUCGGCAGGCCUGGCGACAGUGGAGGCUAUCCGGCCCCACUUGAGUCGCUGGGUGAAACAAAGACGCGGCACACUCUCAUUCAGGCUGAUGCAGGUGCUUACCGGGCACGGCUGCUUCGGUAGGUAUCUGCACCGGAUAGCGAGGCGAGAGAUGACACCCUCCUGCCACGAGUGCGGCGCGCCUUCGGACACGGCCCGACACACCCUGAUUAAGUGUUCCGCAUGGGGGCCUCAGCGCCAUUCCCUGGCGGCCAUUGUAGGCAGAGACCUCUCGCUGCCGAGCGUGAUAAACGCUAUGAUCGACAGCGAGAGAUGCUGGAAGGAAAUGGUCUUGUUCUGUGAAAACGUGAUGACACAGAAGGAGGCCGCGGAGCGGGAGCGUGAGAACAGUACUGCCGACCCGCUUCGCCGAAGAAGAAGGCGUCUUCGUUAUGGACAACUUCUCCUCCCGCCAUAA